AUGGCCAACCUCUCUCAGCUGUUGUGUUUUAUUUUCGUGGCUUUUGCUUUGCUCCACGUUUCUUCUGCAAAUGAGGCAAAUGUUGGGAUAUAUCAGAUCAAGAAGGGUAAUUUCUAUGUGAAUCUCACUAAUUGGGGUGCACGUAUAACCUCUAUUGUUCUCCCGGACAAACAAGGGAAUCUGGGUGAUAUCGUUCUUGGUUAUGAUACACUUGAUGAAUACAAGACUGAUACAUCCUACUUUGGAGCCAUAGUAGGACGGGUGGCUAAUAGAAUUAAAGGGGCUCAGUUUACUUUGAAUGACACCACCUACAAUUUAGUUGCAAAUGAUGGGAAGAACACGCUUCACGGUGGGCAAAAGGGUUUCAGCGAUGUGGUUUGGCAGGUUAAGAAGCAUAGUCCGGCUUCUCAUUGUCCUUACGUCCGCUUCCAUUAUCAAAGCGCCGAUGGCGAACAAGGAUUCCCAGGUAAAGUGAUAGUGAGCGUAAACUAUAUGAUCACCGUAGAGAACCAACUUAGCGUGACGAUGAAGGCCAAGGCGCUGAACAAGGCCACCCCGGUGAACCUGGCGCAGCACACCUACUGGAACCUUGGUGGCCACAACAGCGGCGACAUCUUAUCGGAGACCCUUCAGAUCUUCGCAUCCCAAUACACUCCCGUCGACUCUGAGCUCAUCCCAACCGGCGAAAUAGCCCCAGUUAAGGGCACGCCCUACGAUUUCGGGGAGCCACAAACAGUGGGAAGCAGGAUUGACCAACUUCCAAAUGGAUACGACAUCAAUUACGUGGUGGACGCAGAAGGUGGCCCCCGCACCAUGAAGAAGGCAGCAAUCCUGAGCGAUAGCAAGUCAGGUAGAGUGAUGGAGCUCCGGACGAGUGCACCGGGGUUGCAGUUAUACACGGCAGACAAGUUGAAGGACAUCAAGGGGAAAAAUGGGGCGGUGUACAAGCCUCAUGCUGGACUUUGUCUGGAGACUCAGGGUUUCCCUGACUCCCUCCAUCACCCCGACUUCCCUUCCCAGAUCAUCACCCCAAAGAAGACCUACAAGCAUUUUAUCCUCUACACUUUCAAAACGACAAAACCCAGUACCAAUUAA